CCGCUCAUAGUGUUCGGCGACUAUCUGUCAUGUUGCCUUGACACCACCGACAAACUGUUGGAGGUGGCAAAUUCUCCUGUUACAUUUACCACACAGGAACCUCCCCAGAUCCAGAAGGUGACGGUAGCCUUUGCGACGAACCUCGGAUACAUCCCAUAGCCGUACGUCGAUGCCGGUUGCCCAGUUCACGGACUGGGUUGUACCCUUCGAUACCACGGACAUCGACAGUCGGACCCUCAACUUCAGUUGGGUGGACCUAUCCCAACAACUGUGGGGUCCUUAUGACAUUGAGCUCUUUGCAAGUCAUGAGGACCAUGUGCUGGUUAUCUAUUGCACAAAGGAUGGCAUUGGAGCUUAUGGAAAAGACGCCUACCUUGUGGAUAUCCAGUUCGAGCACUGCUACAUGAACUAUCCGUGGCGAAAUAUCGACCCGUUCCUCCGUACACGGGUCCUUGGAUUGCCACAUACGUCCCUGGUGGCCCGUGUUGGUCUCUCACGGCCACCGCGGUGCCUACAUGCAAUCGGUUACCAACCUAUGUCUUGUCUGACGGCUACGACACGCCCUGUAACUGAGGUGUCACCACUGCCCAAGGCCACGCAACAAGGUCUUACUGCCGCCACUGACAGGGCGAUUAGCCUCCAUGACUGUCUGGCACUUCGUGAAGUGUUUGACGAUGAACCCCUCACACAAGGCCAGUCUCAAGUGGUGACGGACAAAGAGGGGGGGAGUUUAGUUACCUCCGCACCGGAACAUGAGGCAGCUGCGCUGAAGUUUGUCGAGGACCCUAUUCCUCCGAAACUACAACACGCUGCAUUCCCAGAUAAUUGGAUGCAAGUCCAAGAAGUUACGGAGGAAGAAAUGUCUGCCCGGCGGCCAGAUUCGAACCCUGGUACUAACCUUCGCAACCCGUUAGAACGCACACAACCGAACAUGUCUGAGUUCAAACGUCAACUUGCAGUUGUGGCCGACUACACUAGCGACCUGACUCGGUUCGAAGACGCGUUCGACUCUACGGCCAGCCUUCUGCCUUUUCAAGAGGUGCCGCUGGGAACCACAGCUAGGGUUCUAGCGGCUGUAGAAGUCGACCAGGACAUGCCCUUGCACAAAACAGUGCCUGUUAUAACCGACGACCUCUUUAUCCUCCGUGAAGAGGAUACACAGGAUGCUCAAGAUCGUACUCGGAGGGAAGCGAUUGCACCCCCACCGGACUUCGACUACAUGAUUUCGGAGGAUCCGUCUAUCAAAGCCUGGCCACCGUACCCAACGAUUGCAAGCGACUGA